UCAGGCACUCCAUAUUCUCAGAUCGAUAUACAACUGCUGUCACCCAACACAUCUUUGGCUUAGCGCUUGGCAUCACAGGGUACUCCCAAGCUCCGUACUCGACCUUUGUUAUCGACUUUCGUUCGUCAUACUGCAAUCUACAGCGGUUUAGUUUGAGAACAGUAUGGCCACCAUCAGCAGAAGGGCAAUGACUCAACUCUCGAAUGCUGUUCUCCCAUCAGCAAUGAGUUCACGUCGAGCAUACACGCAGCAGUCGCCAUCUGACUCCAGUUUACUACAGCUGAAAAAGCUAGAAGGGAAGGUUGCAAUCAUCACUGGAGCAGGAGGGGGAAUGGGCUCCGCAGCAGCCAGAUUAUUCGCAGCUCAUGGAGCGCAGGUCGUCAUGACGGACACAAGGAAGGAGGAAGGAGAAAAGAUAGCAAAAGAGAUCGGUCCUAAUGUAGUGUUCCGAAAAUGUGAUGUGACUAAAGAGGACGAUAUCGCUUCUGCUGUGGACUUUGCUGUGAAGGAAUAUGGCAAGCUAGACAUUAUGUUUAACAACGCCGGUGCCAUUGACAAGGUUGAGAUUGGAGGAGGCGAGCUCAAGGACAUGGACAUGCAUGUCUACGACAAGUUCAACAGCAUUAACGUUCGUGGAAUUGUCGCGGGGAUCAAGCAUGCAGCUCGGGUUAUGGCUCCUGCCCACCAAGGAGUCAUCCUCAACAUGGGAAGCGCAGCUGCAGUCAUGGCUGGCAAGGACAUCGGAGCAAUUUACUCCAUGACAAAGUCAAAUAUUCCAGGUAUUACGAAGGUGUGUGCUUUUCAUCUGGGAAAAUACGGCAUCCGAGUGAAUGCCAUCCACCCGGGUCAUACCCCAACGAACAUGCUUGUCGAACUGUUCAACUUGAGUGGAGUUCAGACUAACUUUGAGAAGCUUCAACAGGAUUAUGCACAGAAGUCACACCUAAAAAACAAAAUCAACAGUACGAUGCAUAUCGCCAAAGCUGCGCUUUUUUUAUGUAGCGAAGACUCUGCCACCAUCACCGGACACAACUUGACCAUAGACGCAGGGCUCACAAAUGUCAUGGACCCUACCCCUUAUCAGCUGUAGGUGCUCACGAUGACACCUGACUUUCUGUUGUGAUCCACUCUGAGGUUUUGCGCAUGGUCUUCCAUUUUCCCCAUGUGUAUACAAUUUGAAGGUCUUAUUGAGUAAGAAUUAUGCUUGCAGGAAAGUAAUACCUAUAGUAUUUCUAUACUCAGUAAAAUAAUAUGAAAAAUACCUGAUUGCGUCAAUCUAAUCAUGCACAAGCCUAAUGGACUUAGCCACUAGGCUUGUGCAUACACUAAUAGCAUUAUCAAUCCUUCUACGAUAGAGCCUAACUCGUGACAAACUACGACUUUGUAGAACUAUUUGCUGCCAACAGAUAAUUCACAUUGUUCACUUUCAGUACACUUAAAGCGUAGAUUGGAGCUUGUGCUAGCAGGCAGGCUGGAGUAGCUAGUGAUUGCGUUAGAGUAAUUUUUUAACGCAGAGUAUCCAUCUUGAUUGGAUGUAAAUUCCUACAUCGUGUUGUACUGGCCCACUUCGUCUUUUGGUUGAUACGUGUGUGUCAAAACUUAUUUAUUGGCAAUAAUACCAACAGGGAACAUUAUGUAUUUCU